AUGAUACUUAUCCCUGAACUACCAGUCAGUACCUUGUCUGCUGUUGAAUCUGUGCCAAGAGUCCAGGACAGCGUGGUCAAUCUGCCGUCACCCAUGUUCUUUGUUCUCAAUAUCCAUGAAGAAGCAAGGAAGUUUGCAUAUCAGACUGGUGUCAGAGUCGUGGUUGCAUAUGGAGGUGCACCGAUAACAAAUCAGCUGAGGGAGUUAGAAAGAGGUGUUGAAAUCCUGGUGGCAACUCCUGGACGCCUAAUGGAUCUGUUGGAGAGGGCUAGAGUCUCACUGCAAAACAUUAUGUAUUUAGCUCUUGAUGAAGCUGAUCGAAUGCUUGAUAUGGGUUUCGAGCCACAGAUACGUAAAAUUGUUGAGCAGAUGGACAUGCCUCCACGUGGCCAGAGGCAGACAAUGUUGUUUAGUGCUACAUUCCCAAAAGAGAUACAGAGGAUGGCUGCGGAUUUCCUUGCUGAUUACAUCUUUCUUGCUGUUGGGAGGGUUGGUUCAAGUACCGAUUUGAUUGUUCAGAGGGUGGAGUUUGUCCUAGAUGCAGACAAACGUAGCUACCUCAUGGACCUUCUUCAUGCGCAAAAGGCUAAUGGUACACAUGGGAAGGGAAUGCUUUGA